AUGGCCAACGACGAAUAUGACUUCCUCUUCAAAGUGGUGUUGAUCGGAGACUCGGGCGUCGGAAAGUCCAACCUUCUCAGUCGAUUCACCCGCAACGAGUUCAACCUCGACUCCAAGUCGACAAUUGGCGUCGAGUUCGCCACCAGAUCCAUUCAAGUCGACUCCAAGACGAUCAAGGCACAGAUUUGGGAUACCGCCGGCCAGGAGCGCUACCGCGCCAUCACCUCGGCUUACUACAGAGGAGCUGUCGGUGCCCUCCUUGUCUACGACAUCAGCAAGCACCAGACAUACGAGAACGUCACCCGAUGGCUGAAGGAACUGCGAGACCACGCUGAUGCCAACAUCGUCAUCAUGCUGGUCGGAAACAAGAGCGAUUUGCGCCACCUGCGAGCAGUGCCUACAGAGGAGGCCAAGGCUUUCGCUAGCGAGAACCACCUCUCGUUCAUUGAGACGUCUGCCCUCGACGCCAGCAAUGUUGAACUCGCAUUCCAGAACAUCUUGACCGAGAUCUACCGAAUCGUAUCGAGCAAGGCCCUCGACUCGGGUGACGGGCCCCAAGCCACGAUCGGGGCUGGCCCCGGCAUUUCGCUCACUAAGCCUGCGGACGACAGCGCAGAGAAGGGCGGCAAGUGCUGUUAA